GAUGACAUAAAAUAUUUGUUGUUAGUGAAGGCGAACAGCCGAGAAGUGGAAGCGAGGGCCUGGCCGGGGAUUCGUUUCGAAAAUUGAACCGUACUGAGCUACUAUUUGUUACCCCAGCGGCUUUAACAUACACGAGUGCGGGAAGUGUGAAGCGCGGUCAUGUCGGUGAAUAUGGACGAACUCAGGCAUCAAGUGAUGAUUAACCAGUUUGUUUUGACUGCUGGUUGUGCCGCUGACCAGGCAAAGCAGCUUCUCCAGGCAGCCCACUGGCAAUUCGAGACUGCACUAAGUUCCUUUUUCCAGGAGGCUAAUAUCCCCAGUCACCACCACCAGAUGAUGUGUACUCCACGCAACACUCCAGCCACGCCACCCAAUUUUCCUGACGCAAUCACCAUGUUCUCUAAGAUGCGGGCAUCCGAGUGCACAAGCGGAGGCAGCGGUGGUCCAGCUCAGGUCCCCAUGGCCUGCUCCCCUCCCCCUACAUCCAUGCCAGGCUUUAGCUCCUUCUGGGCUUCGUCGCCACCCAGCCACCAGCCCGCCUGGCUGCCUCCCUCCUCUCCCACGGGCCACCACACACACCAUCUCCACCACCACCAUCAUCAUCAUCAUCACCACCACCACCAACAUGCACACCAGCCGCCCACAUGGCCACCCGUCUCUCAGCCCGGAAGCACCCAGCAAACACCUGUCAUUUCAGCCCUGCAUGGCCAGAGAUGAGACACUACUAUUUGUGGAGGGUAAAUGAGCUGGGUCAGGGAGGGGGGGGAGGGGUUUAAGGGGUUUUGAGAAUGGCCAGGUUUAAGGGGAAGCUUGGUUGGAUAAAUUUAAAGAGGAUCUUUAAAAAAAAUAAAAAAUAAACAAAAAAAUAAAGGUUUAGGAUGGCCGGGGAAAGAGACAAGGUACUGUUUUCUCUUUUUUUUCCUAAAAUGAAGAACAAUCUUCUCUCAGCAAUCUUUUGUUUCUUUCUCUUACUCCAUUGUUGAUGUAAUAAUUGUCAAAGCCUAGGAAGAACCACUAUGAAAAAGGAAGUGAAAGAUUUUGGGUUAGGGGGAUGGGCUCCACAGCUGCUGAGGAGCUUGGGAAAUUGAGUUUUGUGUAUGGUUUUUCAUGCCACGGAACCAUCUGGAGCCAAGCAGGAGUGAGAGAGACAAGAAUGUGUACGUUUUGUGAAUCUUGGAUUACCUGCCCCUCUGUAGCACUGCGCUGACAACAAGCACUCGCAAUAAAGCAGCUGGCAAACCUUUUGACUGAAACACAUAUGACUGUGGUAAUGCUCUGCUCCCACAAGGCAUCAAGAAGAUUGCUUGUAUUUAGAGAGGCUGUCUUUUUAGCGAAUUUACAACAGUUCUUUUUACACAAAGGAAUUAAGGACACUAUCCUCCUCCUCCCCAAGUGGAACAAAGCCUUGAGGUGGAUGUGCAGUCUAAGGAAGGCUGGAAAAGUAAGUGAAGAUUUGAUGUAAUCUGCAAUAAUAUUGAAUUAAUCAGGCCUUUUCGGGGCCCAAGUCCUAGCGUGACAGUUUCCGUCUGGUUGUUUUAGUUGAAUUCGAAUACAAAAUUGACUUGGAUGAUUGUGUCCACUAUGCUGAUACUGUUUUAAGAGUGGUGUCUGGUUAUGUGAUAAAAGGGGUGUGUGUAUUUUUUUUUUUUUUUUCAAGCAAACAGUUUGGACUAUGUUACUGGGUUGUGAUUUGGUCUAUGAGACGGUUAAAGACAAAAGGCAAGUCGAAAAGUAGCCAGCAAGCUCCACAUCCAUCUCCCCAAAAAAAAAAAUGCUCCAGUGUUUUUCAGCUAAUCUCCAUCAGCUGCAUCAGCAGCGUAUGGUUGAUUGCCAUGGACAAUAAUUUUGACAAGUUUGCCUAUAUUCAGAAAAGAACAGAAAAAACCCACAGACUUUUAUUCAACUCAGUUAGAAUAAAAGCCACUGGGCAUGUGCUAAAGUCUGAGAACAAACAUUUGAAAUAUAUGCAAAUUACAACCAUUACACACUAAAAAUAGAGGGUUUACAUUGAGACACGUGAGACAAAGCUGUUCUUAUGAAGUACAAGAAAACGCACCAUUAUCAUGAUCCAUGGUCAUUAACCACUUGAUACUGAUGUGGCGUAUGGAGAUUAGGUUAAAGAUACUGGAGAAUUUCUUUAAACCGCACAACCAGCCAAGUAAGCUUGACUGCACCUACCUCUGCUCAACCAUCCCUCUCUGUACUAAACCAAGGCUUUGCAGGGUUUCUGGCAAUCUCUAUUUGUACUGGGAAGGAGGUCAGUCAUGCCAGCACCUCUUAAAGGUGUCUACUGUUUAUGCAUUUAACGUCUUAAAGGAAUAUGCCACCCAAAUGUGCUAAAUCAUGGCUAACAAUGACAUUAUUCACUAUGACCAUUUGCAAAAUUCACACAUGACACUGAACUUGCGCAUGCUAGCUUUCUUUUGCUAAUGGAAAUGUUUAGCUUUUUUUUUAAGUGCUGAAAAGUAUUCCUUUAAGCACGUUUGGGUCUUGACAAGUGUUUUAUUCAUUGAUUGUAAUUGUUUCUGGCAUCCCAAUUAGCUUGAAACUGUUAAGUAUGUGGAAAAAGUUGCAUUUACAGUGGGUUCAGGUGGUUUAAAAAAAAAUGCAGGCCCUUUUGAAAUAUAGUACUGUACAAAAGUCAGAGUCAUUUAUGCAAUCAAAACGGUCAUUAAGUUAUUCAUUUUUCAGCAUCAGGGGAAAAAAGCAGAAAAGAUAUAUAUUUAACAGAAAAAAUAUGAAUUAUUUAAAAUUAAAUAGUUAAAUGUAAUACGAAAAUUUUCAGUUAAUGUGUCCACCCUUGACCUUACCUCUAUUAUUUAAAUGCAGUAGCAGGGAUAAUUUUUCCACCCUUCUAAAGUUCAGUCUUAGAAGUUGAUUGCAUUUUCUGCUUCUCACGAUGUAAAUGAUCUCAAAAUACAAUCAAUGAUGUUGAGAUGUAGACUCUGAGGUGGACAGUCCAUUGUUCUGAGAACACCAGCAGCUUAUCUGUUUGAUUUGUAAGCCCUCUUGACACACAUCCUUUCAGACUCUGGACUCAAACACUCUUGAGUUGUCUUCGUACAGUGGAAGGAUUUUUUUUUUUCUUCCAGAUCUCAAGCAAGAGUGAAUUUUGAUUUUCUCAUUCCCUCAAAGAUAAAAGCUUUAGGCACUGCUUAUCUGAUGGUGACAGUUUUGGUGUUCUAGCAGGUAUUGCACUGUCCCAUUUUCUCUGCAUCCUUUAAUUUUUUUUAUCUUAUUUAUUUACUUCAGUUUUGGAAACUCCUUUUUUGCCCAUUUAUUUUACUUUCCUGUUCCUUAUGCAAGUAGAUCAUCUUCUCAGAAGUAUCUCAUGAAAAAUUAUUUACUUGUGCUUCAUGGCUGUUUUAACUGGAAAUUCUAUAAAUGAAGGGUGGUCUCUGACUUUUACACAGUACUGUACAUUCAGUGGAACAGGUCACUUCUCAGCAUUGAUACCUCAGUGUCUUUUUAAAAAAAUGUUUCCAACCUGCCCUAUUUUUGAUGGAUAGCUUUGGACACUGGAAUCUGUGGUUUGUCAGGCAACCUCCCCUUUGUUUUUAGUACAGUUUGGGCACUGGGGCCUGCUGAUGCGCUUUGUUCUAUAGAGAACUGGGGAAACUGUAGAGUGAGAGUGAGUUUCUCAGGCCAUCUGGAGAGUCACUGAGGUAAUUUCCUGCCGGGAGGAUCAGCGGCCCGGCACUACUUCAGUGGCAAACACCCAGCAGUGGAGCUGCAGAGAAACUGGUCUAUGCCUAAUCUUGCCAGCAGACCACUCAAAACGGGAAACCUGCUCUCAACAUCUAGUGCUGUGACUCUGACUGGACUGCUUUUAGGGGGCUAACAUUGUGUGCAUUUAACACUGUUCCAGUAGCCUGUAGUAUAAAGGCUUGGCGGUAGAUUAUUCAAGAAAGGGAUGUGCACCAGUUUAGUAGAUACCUUCGAUUCAGGACAACUAUCCAUAGAGUCGCCAUGAGCCUUGUACCUAUACUCGCUGGACGUUUUCUCAGUUCCAUCUACCAUAUAGGUGUUCCUAUGAUUUAAGGAUGUUGUUGAGGGUUUCUGACAAAUUGUGCAGCAAAAGAUGAGCCAUCUAUAGCUAAAAAUGCACCUGUAUGCUAGGUGUAUCUAAUAAAAUAUCUGAUCAUGUAGUUAUAAGGCAGGUGUACCAAAACUCGGUGUAUAUUCUCUGUUGUCUUUGUACAAAAGAGGAUGUUGCUAGAUGGAGCCAUAAACUAGGUUGUUUUUGUGUUUUCUUGAGUCGUGAAGGGCUGGUCAUGGUGACCGCCGCUUAUAAUCACUAUGAGAAUUCCCCAGUCCAGUUCUAAGCCUUAAGGAGGCCAGUGACAUGGCCGGCUCCCAGAGAGCACCCAGUGCCGCCGCAAGCAAAACGAGUCAUUCGUAAGGCAAGCUGCCCAGAUAGAUUCAUUUAAGUGGAGGUUUAAAAAAGAAAGAAAAUAUUUAAUUCAUUAAUGCACAACCAUCUUUUCUACCAAUUUUCUCUCCUGUACUUCUGGUCUUUUUUCCCCUUGUUGAAAAUUGUAUUUAUAUUGUUCAACAAACAAGCUAUGAUCUGCAGCCAUUUGAGGUCAUUGUGGUUUUUAUCAAGGUCAAAUAAAAGAUUUAACAGCUAA